CAUCGCAAGAAAAGACGUAAUUCGGGAUGCAAAGUGUCAGCUAAAACUGCAUUAGAUUUACUAUUUUAUACUGGAGAUGACAAUAAAGUGAAUCAACAUCAUGCCCCUCUUUAAGAGGAAAUCGGUUGUAGAAAAAAAAGUGCAGCAGCCGACAGCUGUACGACAGACGUCACAGCAUGGAUCUCCACCAGGAAAGACAACCCAGCAGCAACAGAGAGGGCAGCAACAGCAGCAUCCGCAGCAACAGCAGCAUCCGCAGCAACUCAAGAACAGCCCUCAGCAUGCUGGUCAUAGAUCACCAAACUCCAAUCAGUCUGGCCAGCCUGGCCCUAGACCUGGUCCUAGACCUGGUCCUAGACCGGGUCCACCUGGCCCAAGACCUGGUCUUCCUGAUGGAGAUUCCAGGAGAGUGGAGAGGAUCGAUGAUGGCACAGCUGCCAUGGCUGCAAGCAAGAACCUCAGAGAUAGUCGGAUGGCAGCAGGUGCCCAGUUCAGCAAUGACGAGAGUGAUGCAUUAGGAGAUUUGGGCAAAGGGGUUGGUAAGCUGGAGACGACAGACCAGCCCGUCAAUCGAUCCCGUCUAUGUAAGAGCUUGAACGAAGCCCUGCACGAUAACGGAGCCCUGCCCUACUUCAUUCAAUACAUGGCGUCCUGUGACAGGAAACAACUCGUCCAGUUCUGGCUAGCGGCAGAGAGCUUCAGCAAUGCCUCUUGGUCCAAAAUGAGAAACGACUCGAUGAUCAUGGGGGAUUCCUCGGUUGCUGGAAACCAUAUAACAACAACAAUACCAGAGGAUCGAUCAGAGAAUGUGGAUCAAACUCGGAGCAAAGAAACAAACUCGUCUGUGAUUAAUAGCAAAGAGACAAUGUGUAAUUCGAGUGAACCGUCACCGGGAAGCGGUUUAACGAAAACGAAAAAUAACAAUAUUGACUUGCCAAAUGUGGAUGAAAGUUAUUCAUCUAGUAAAGACACAAGAGUUGCAGUGGAGCCCCCUGUAUCUGUGCAGAAGGAGAGUGAAUCACCAAGUAGAUCUCCUCAAAAGACUCACACGAGGGCGAUGUCCGAUUCAGCUGUAGGUGUCGGCAAGAUGUUUGGUAGUGGUGCCAGUUUCCAGCCAGGUCAUCAGAGACAUAACUCGUGGAAAGAAGUGGACCCAAGAACGGCGGUGGAGAGAGAUGCCAUUAACAUAUACACCAGGUACAUCUGUAAAGAUGCCACAGCACCCAUCGGGGUACCCGAACAUAUUAGAAUAGAUAUUAUAGCCAAGAUUUGUCCCAAAGAUGGCCAGUUUGAUCCAGACAGUUUCAAAGCGGCCCAGAACUAUGCAUUCAGUGUUAUGGAGAAGCAAUAUUUCCAGUCAUUCCUGAUGAGUGAAUUCCAUUGUAAAUAUCAGAUAGAUGUACUAACAAGUGGGCGUGUCUACCUGGCAGACAUACUCUACAACGAUGUAGCCACCUUCUACUUCAUGGAGUACCUGGAGCAAGAGAAUGCCGUCCAUCUGCUGCAGUUCUGGUUGGCCGGAGAGAACUUUCAGCAGCAUUUGUUAUCGCAGCAAGGGCAGUACGACCCUAUGGAGGCUCAGAAUGAUGCUAUGGUGCUCUAUGAAAAGUAUUUUUCAUUACAAGCUACCAGCCCUCUAGGCUUCGAUGAUAAGAUCCGAUUCGAGGUGGAGAGUAAUAUAUGUCGGGAAGGUGGACCGCUACCAUCAUGCUUCUCUGCACCCAUGAGACAAACCUAUACUACACUAGAAACAAUGCAUUUUCCUGGGUUCCUGCGCACCGAUCUCUACUACAAGUUCCUCAACGAGCUCAUCAGCAACAUCAAGAAUGAGCAAGGGUCUAUGGCUGCUGCGGCAGGGUCUGUUGCCACAGCCCUGGAAGACGAUCAGUCGUCCGUCUCCUCUGAGCCCGCUACCAAGGGGAUGCGCAACACCCUGCUGGCUGAGGGCAAUGUGGUCAAGCUCUUUGACGGGGAUCUUAAUAUCGACCAGAUGAAGUUUGAUCCAGACUCUCUCUGGCAGAGACCUCAAGCAGGGAAUACCGGUAUGAUGUUUGGCAAGAUGGAUCAUCUAGGUCAGUUUGUACCUGAAUAUGAACCGGAUCCAGAAUCACUUCUGAAGAGAAACUUGUCUACUAAAUUCUCUCUCAAGAAAUUUGUCACCAAAGAGGAAGAUAAGAGUAAAGAAGAGAUGGCUCUGAAGAUAGCCCAGAUGAUCAUCAACGAUGUCAACAUGCAAACCCAGGGAUUAGCAGGAGAGGAUAUACCGUCCCCUACUGCAGCUAAACCACCACAGGGAUUAUAGCACAGGAUACCAUACUUAUCUCAUCAGAAAAGAUGAUUAAAGGGCCAGUCCCCCAGUGACUGAUAAUGAUAAUGAUAACUGCAAAUGAUUCCCGAAAGAUUCUUGAAGGUAUUUGAUAUUGGAUGAAGUAAUGCCUCUGAUGUGAAAAAAUAGGUGCUGAAGUCUAAGUAGCGUAAAUCAUAGUGUAUGGAGAGAUAUUGUUGUGAUGCAUGCAUACAUGCGAUCAGGGUCAUUGGUCAAAUUUGUGACUUUGUGCAUUUCCUUCCAAUAUAUAAUCUCUAUGGGAGGGAACUAUAUGGAGCUCUAUGAAAUGACUAGACUAAUCAGGAAAAUAUUUGGUGACGUAAUUAUCUCUCUCAACGAGGUUUGGAGUAAAUAAAUGAGAUAGGACCUGCAACACCGAUAGCCAUUACAUUUUUGGUGUAAAACUUCAGGAGGCUGAUUUGAGAAAAGUUUAUAGUUGAAGUUAUCAUUAUCAUUAUUGGUCGAAUGGGACCAGUCACAAAGUUUUGCAUGGUGUUUGUAAGGUGUUCAAAGUUGGUGUGUAUCAUUUUAAUAUAUAGGACAAUUUGAUUCUCUUGCCAAAUGAAUACAACUUGUUAGCAUCUAGAUGGAUAUAUAUGUAUGUUGACUUCAGUUCAGUUGUAUGAAGUGUUGCAGCUUGUAGUGAUAGAUCGAUCAAGAUUUGAGAGUCACAUGACAGUGUCAUCUGUCUCUUGAUGGAUACCUUUAUACCUGGACCAGUUUCACAAAGCCGUUUUCAAUGACAAAUGACAAAAAUCAGUGACAAAUCUGCUGAUAACCAAUCAGAAACAAAGAUUUCACUAGCUUAUAACAAAAACUGUCAUUUGUCAUCGAUGACAAGUUUUGUGAAAUGGGUCCCUGGAAACCUUGGUCAGCAUAUGAUGAUCAAUAAUGAUGUGCAAGAGGGUUCAGUCUUGAUGACAGCAAUUGCAUACUGGGUUGUCUCACAUUUUCCAAUCGUGGAGGUUGUUAACUACUUGUUUAAUGCAGCUUGUUAGUGUAGACAUAAGCAUAUACAGGUACCGUAUUUGCCGGCGUUAAGGCCGCAAUGCCGUAUAGAAAGUGACCCUGUUAAAAAGCUUGUCAUGUUCUUUCCAUUGCAUAUUAUUACAUCCCUAAUUACAACCAUUGUAAGCUUUAAUUAGUAGAGAAUAGGGACAUAAGUUGGGAAAGUGUCUUUUUUGCCUUGCUGGUAAUGGUUUUCCAUUAGAAUUACCCUUCAUUUAAAAAAAUUUAAAUCUUAAUGAAUUCUUUAAUGAAUGGAAAUAAGAAGGGUCUGCUUAAUCACUUGGAAAUGGAAUUAUGUAAAAGCUUUUUUCAAAUUAUUGUUGGUAUUCUUCUGUUCUUCCCUGUUGAAUUUUUCACACAGUUGAGCAUUAAUUGAAUAUGCCUCAUACAUACCACAUGUAUUCACAUUGUGUGUAGUUUUCGCAUUCAAAUCAUAACAUCAAUUAUUGUAUACAACUGGCUUACAGUCUACAGGCCAUUUGAAAUAUACAUUUAGGUAAUAGGUCACCAUGGCUUAAUAUUGAAAUCAAUAGGUACAUUAUAUUCUGAGGAACUGAUAUAUAUAUCUAGCUUCUAGUAUGGUCGUCUGUCCGUCCAAGAUUUGAACUCUACAUGUGUAACCAAUGAGUUUUAAAUCACUUUAGGUAUAUUAGAGGGUGUGCAUUGCUAUCAUUUUUCCAUUCGGGUGAAGCUUGUGAUAGUUUAUAUAGUUUGACAUUUGAGCACAGCAAUCUUCAUAAGUUAUAGCUCAUGAAGAGUUCUAUUCAGUGAAUGGCAUUUCAAGAGGUACUGGUUUACGUAAAUUGAUUCUAAAUUCAAUAAUUGUGCGUCGAUAUCAGAACAUUCAAUCUCAUGGAAUGAAUUUACACAGUUCAAACCACUUUUGUCAUUUCGAUUGGUGGCUAGCGUUUUGCUGGGAUGCACUGGUUGUAAUAUGUGAACCCUCGAGCUGAAAAUAGGCCUGUCACGGCUUGCUGGUGGGGGCCCGAUUCUAACUGAAAAGCAUGAUAGUCUGCCAAUGAUGGAGUAAUUACUGAUGUAAUCCUUUGUGUUCUUUUGUGUCAUAUUGGUGUUAUUAUGUGAAAGAUGUGAUCAAAUCAAUGAAAGCAAUAUUAAUUAUGUGUUAUUAUAAGUGGUUGUGUCUACUUUUGUGUGAUGUACAUACUUCAGGAAGUAUUUUAUCAAGAUUGUGAUGACUCUUAGCAGUGAUACAAGUAUCUGUUGUUUCUCAUUACAAGAUGUAAAUUGUGAUUUAAGAUCAAACAGGCCUGUUUUAAGUUAUAAACAGAAUUUAUUAGCCAUUGUUAUAUUGUGACAAGGUAUUGUGAGUUACUUUUUUUCUUGCUGCUAAAUAACUUGAGUAAAUAACAUAUGUUGCUCAGUGGUAGAGCAGUGGUUUCGUAACCAGGAGGUCCUGGGUUCAAAACCAAGUUGAUGCGUUAGUGCCCUUUGGUACGGCAGUAUUCCUUAUUACUAAGUCCCUCACGUAGGAAUAAGGCGUCUGUCCCCUGUUUGCUUACAUGCUUUCUCGGCAGUCGGGUUAAACCUACCAACCAACCAACCUACAUAUAUAAAAAAAGAAAUUGCAGAAGAUCAUACUUUUAUUAUGUCUUCAAAACCGUCAUUAUGGUAUGCUUGAUACAGCAAUAUAAUUUAGUUGAAUAGCCAAAAGCAUCAAUAGGUCACUUGAAAUGGGUUUGUCGCAGUAGUGGGUUUCGACAACCCCAAAUUUCCCAUCAAUGAAGGGGGAAAAAAAAGAAGAAGGGGGGGGGGGGGGAGAAGAAGAGUGAGAGGAACGCCCCAAAAUAAGGUUGAAAGUGUUUCAAAUUUGCUUACUAGGAUUUUUGUUUUUUCAGAUUUUUAAAUAAGAAAGAGAAAAUUGAAAGGUUGGGGGUGGUCGUGGAGGGGUGUUACACUUCCCCUGUAGCAACACCCUUAAUCAUUAUUGUGUGUGCUUAGAUUAUUGCUGUCAACCAUUGCAUGACAUUGUUACCAUUCAUUCCAUUGUAAACAGUAUUGAAAUAUAAAUGUAAUGCUAAAUAGAGGUAUCAAAUAUAAUUUCUUGUGUUAUUCCACAUUGUAUUGUAUUCCAUCAUAUUGCUAGUUUUAAUUAGAAAUAAAAGGUUUUUGUUUUAUUUUUUACUGUCUUGUAGUAGAAUAUCAUGUAUUUUUACCUCAUGAAUUUUGGUGAAUAUUCUUUAUUUUUAUUAAAGAAAUACCUCCAGAAGCUACAUGUAGAAUAAUAUGUAGAAAUGAAAUAGGCAACAUUCAUUAUCACUUAAGGACUUGAGUUCUGUAGAUAACAAACAUUUAGAAUAGUGAAAAUGGAUUUUUACUUUGCCAUGCUCACCUAUGCUGCAUCUCUGGAAUUUCUUUCUUUUUGCAACUUUGAAUUUCCCAUGCUUGCGUAAACUAGUGUUCAUCGUUUUAUAUUGCCUAGAAAUGCUAUCCUCCAUUAUACAUGUAGACAUUAUUUUUAUACAGAGGUGCAGCUUAUAUAUUCAUGAUAUACCUGUAAAAGUUUUUAUUAAAGUGUACUAAAAUUAUGUUCUUUACGUUAAGAGCUCAAAUGUCUCUACAUUAUAUUCAAAAUAUGAACUUCAAAUAUUACUUCUAUAAACAGAUACUGCAAAAUGAAACACUCAUAAUUAACACAAAAAGGUUUUUGCACAGGAUUUAUGUUAUUCUCCAUGGUCUCGGUCUGUUGGCCUAUACAAUGCCAGGUUAAAUUCUUUAAGGUCAUUUUAUACAUUCUUGCUAUAACCAAAUUAUUUUUAAGUGAUUGGUACACUUUAAAUUCAAAAAUGUUAUUUGUUCAUUGAUAGCUGCUUCGUUUUCCCUAUUCCUGAAAGUGCAUAGGGACUGCAUUUAUGGUGAUAUGCAUGAUAUAAAUACAGUUUGUUAGUAGUAUUAUUGUUACUUACUUAAGGUGGGUUCCACUCUAUUGGUUGUGAAAGUAAUAGGAGUAGUGUAUUGAUAACACUUAUUCAAUGAAUCAACCCUUUCAAUACUAUGAUUCUCUUUUAUGUAGCAAAUACCCAUAUAGGUUAAUUUGUGUUCAAAAGAAAUACAUUGUAUUGAAUUAGUUUGCAUUGAAUUCCCUGUCACAGGUUGGGAGCUACUCGAGGAAUUUUGAGAAUUCCAUAUUUUUUAGCAAUUGAUCAUAAUAUAAUUAUACAUUUUGUUUCAAGCCAGGCUUCCGAACAUAUGGGAAGAGAGAACUAUAACUGUGAAUGAAUAGUAGUGCUAUAUAUAUAUAUAAUAAUUCUUGUUUGAUGAAUUUAUUUCUGUGCUUAUAUAUUUAAGAAGUUAUAGAAGAGAUUGUUAAAUUUUUUAAUAAUUAUUUUUUGUUGCUGUAAAUUAGAAAUUUAUUGGCGAGACUUAGUCUUUGAAUUUUAGAUCAUUAAAAACAUCAUUUUUUUCCUGAAGAUUUGCAAUCUUAUUCAAGGUUCAUGAAAGCAAUCAAGGCUAUGUAUGGGUGAUGAUGUAAUGUCGAAUGAUAAAAUGUGGAACUCGUCAGUUUACUAUUGCUCGAUAUACCACAGUGAUUAUGAAAUGUCCAAUGUAUAUAUCCAUGACCAUUUUGUCCAUUGGAGGUGUUUUAUAUGUGAAAUCUUAUGCGAUCCAAGACGUUUUUGUAUGUGAUGUUGAAUUAUCCCAGCAUGAUAUUGCCAAUCACUAAUAAUACAGGUCAAAGAAAUAUAUGUACUGUACAUGUAUGGAAUAUUAUCAGAAAUAUAACAUUUUUGAGUAUAUGUUA